ACGCGCGGCGGAGAGGCCUGCGCGCCAGGCUGCGGGAGCCAUGCGGCGGGCGAGAAGCGGCGGGGCGACCAAGCCACGCGGGCAGAAGCGGCCGGGGACCUCCAGGGCCCCUGCCUCGGCCCCUAGUGCCGAUCGCGCACGGCGGCCCGCGGUUCAGGCCGGGGGCGGGAGCCGGGCGGCGGCGAGGCAGCCGGCGGCCAAGCGACGGUCGCCGCCGGUGCAGGAGGCGGGCCCCGGGGAGCCGCCGCCGGUGCCGCCGUUGCCCCCGCCUCCGCCCGCGGCGCUCACCGCGUCCGAGCUGGACCUGGGCGAGCAGCGGGAGCGCUGGGAGACCUUCCAAAAGCGGCAGAGGCUCAGCUUCGAGGGCGCCGCCAAGCUGCUGCUGGACACUUACGAAUACCAGGGCCUGGUGAAACACACAGGAGGCUGCCACUGUGGGGCCGUGCGCUUUGAAGUUUGGGCCUCGGCUGACCUGCACAUCUUUGACUGCAACUGCAGCAUCUGCAAGAAGAAGCAGAACAAACACUUCAUUGUCCCAGCUUCUCGCUUCAAGCUUCUGAAGGUCUCCUUCCCUGGGUCAGGAGGGCCUCCUGGAAGCACAUCUGGUCAUGUCUGCACUCCUGGCCCCAGGGCCUUGGCAAUGAGUGGCCCCUCAGUGAGCGUCUGGAAGGAGAAGCUGAGAUUUAAUCCCGGGCACUUUGGGGAGCCGAUAGCAUCACCACGUACACCUUCAAUACCCACAAGGCACAGCACACCUUCUGUAAGCGCUGUGGCGUCCAGAGCUUUUAUUCUCCCCGCUCUAACCCUGGAGGCUUCGGGAUUGCCCCCCACUGCCUGGACGAGGGCACCGUGCGCAGCGUGGUGGUGGAAGAGUUCAAUGGCAGCGACUGGGAGAAGGCCAUGAAGGAGCAUAAGACCAUCAAGAACAUGUCCAAGGAAUGAGCUCCCACGCCUCCUGUCCAGGAAGGGCCUACGGCCUCUGCAGUCUGCUCCGGCCACCAGUGUCUUCAGGCAGCUCUUGUCCUCCCCUAGCUGAUUUUGACAUAGGCUAGUUACCCUUCUGUCCCCUUUCCUGACUUUUGUGCGAUCUUCUAGAGAAAUAAAUAUUUUUAACA